AUGGAUGUGCCGAAGCACCGCGCCACUCGAACAACCUCUCUCAGGGAUGUCUCCGACUCCUUCAAGAUGGAAGGCACCGGAAGCUGGGACGUCCUCGAAUGGACCAAAAUUGAGCCAAUUUCGCGCUUCGUCCCGCACGGGAAUCUCGAUUUCUUGAUCGAGGCGGAGCAAGUUAUCGCCGAAAAUUCAGCACACAAAAAAAAGAGCCGUGUUGAGCACAUGUCAGCUUGUGUACAAAAACAAGUUGGACCAUGUGUAGAUUGGGAAAAAAUAAUCCAAACGGUGCAGGAAACACUAGAAAAGUUGUUUGCAAAAUCACAGUGGCAGUCAAUGGCAGCUGGCAUUGGUCAACAAUGUAGAAGAGAAACACUCGGACAUGGUGUUGUUCUUGUUAAUAUAGAUGAUGCGGGCACAUUGAUGGUAACAAAUUUCCGUCUUAUUUUUCUGAGUGAGGGAACUAGAAAAGUUAUUGCCCUUGGAACAAUACCACUAGCAACCAUUGAGAAGUUUAACAAGAUAGCUGUAAAGGUUCAGUCAAAUAGUCGUCAAGUAGACAAGACACCAGCACCGAGACUGCUCCAGAGACGUGUGGUAUUUGAUGCGUUACUGAGGUGUACAAAGCCAACAAGAUUAUGGGAUCUUUAUGCUUUUGCAUCAGGACCUUCAAGGUUUAAGAAUACUACUCCACUGGUCCGUUUACUGGAUGAAUAUUGUCGGCUUCUUUGCCUAGGUUCUUAUCAUGCAACAGUUGAUAUAAUUGAAAAUGGGUCCUUCACCUUGUCAAAUGACCUAUGGAGAAUAAGUAGCGUGAAUUCCAAUUAUACAAUGUGCCCGAGUUAUCCAUUUGCUUUGGUUGUUCCAAAGAUCAUUAGUGAUGAUGAAGUGCUCCAGGCAUGCAGCUUCCGUGCAAGAUGCAGACUACCUGUAGUUUCAUGGUGUCAUCCAUUGACAGGAGCAGUUGUUGCUCGAUCUUCUCAACCCUUAGUUGGUCUUAUGAACACGAGGAGCAACAUAGAUGAAAAACUUGUGGCUGCACUCUGCACCAAACUGGAUAAUGGCACAAGGAGAAUGGGCAGGGGUGUUUCUGACAGCAGAACUGUGAUGAAGCAAUUGUGUUUUAGGAGGACGAAGUUGGGCCGCUACUGGAUGUGCCCAUUUAAGGGUGGAGGGAAGAAACCACAAAACUUCCUUUUCCAGCUUUUGAUGGGAAUCGAUAUUGACUUUGAAGAGCCGAAUAAAGAAGACUUUGCAGUGGAGACAGAUUCUAUGAUGCAGGGUGAUUAUGGAAAUCAUGAGGACCCAUUGUCAGAUUUUGCAAGAUUGAAGCACUCAGGUUAUUUAGGGACAUAUUUGGAGGAAUUUGAUGAAUUGCUAGCUUUAGCAGGAGUAGACAAUUCCAUUGCCUUAGCAUAUUCUUAUUGGAAGAAGCUUACAGGAUCAAGAAACCUUGGUAAUCAUGAGACCAGAAGAACCACAUGGAGAAAUCAGAACCUAGUGAAAAAGACGAGAAUUCAUAUUUCAGACACCCCCACAUAUUGGGGGAAGGUAGGAGACAACCAUAUGCAGCGGACAAGGGCAUGUGCUCUGAAAUGUCCAAUUACUAGGGAAUUGGGGGAGAUCAAAGCCAACUUCAAGGAGCUCACACUUAAAUUUUGGAGAGAACAGCAAGUAGUUGUGCUUAGAGGGGAUCAAUCUCGCUACAAGGCUUCUAUUUCAGUUCAAUCAACAGUAAAAAUGAUGGAGGAGGUAGAGCUGGGAAAGUUAUAUAUUGUUGAUGCACGGCCAAGAAAAAAUGCAUUGGCUAAUGGGGCCAUGGGAGGUGGUUCAGAAUCAUCAUCAAACUAUUUUCAAUCUGAGCUAGUCUUUUUGGGGAUAGAAAACAUCCAUGCGAUGAGAGACAGCUUUGUUCGGCUCCGAGAAUGCAUGGACACGCAUGGCAGAACGUCAUCAGAUGGAAUGUCCUCCUUUUUGAGACAAGGUGAGUCAACGUGGGGUGGUGGCAAUCUAAGUAGUAUGUCUGCAUCAGUAUCGACCCUUGGAGAGAGUGGAUGGUUACUACAUGUUCAGAAUGUAUUGGCUGGAGCAGCGUGGAUAGCUGCUCGUGUUGCUAUGGAAAAUGCGUCUGUUCUUGUGCAUUGCAGCCACCUUACACCUCCCACCCCCCUCUCCCUUUUGUUUAUUGGCAGUGAUGGAUGGGAUAGGACAAGCCAGUUGGUUUCCCUUGCUAAUUUGUUGCUUGAUCCGUAUUAUAGGACAUUCUCAGGGUUUCAGGCACUCAUUGAAAAAGACUGGCUUGCCUUUGGUCAUCCAUUUUCUGAUCGGGUGGCAAUGCCAUCUGUAUCUGGAACUGGCAAUGUGCCUUUCGAGUUAACUAGGCAGCCUUCAACUGGAAAUUUAGCACCAUCACCCGUGCGCCAGUCAUCAGGAACAUUCUCUUCACAACCUCCUGCUUCAUCUCACUCACAUAACAACUAUUCUCCUAUUUUUUUGCAGUGGGUUGAUUGCGUUUCACAAUUGUUGCGGAUUUAUCCUUUUGCUUUUCAGUUCUCUGCGGCUUUCCUGGUGGACUUCAUAGACUGCAUGCUUUCGUGUCGUUUUGGAAACUUCUUAUGUAACAGUUGUCCUGAUACUGGUUAUUGUAUUUAUUCUGAUUGCAAUUUUCUUAGCGAGAAGGAGAGGCAGCAAUUCAAUGUUUUUGAGGCAUGUGGAUGUCUAUGGGUAUACUUAGCUGAUUUGAGGACAUUAGAAGGAGGAUCCCAUGUGCAUUACAAUCCCUUCUAUGAUCCACUCAAGCAUAGUGGUCCACUUCUGCCCCCAGCAGCAGCAUUGGCCCCUACUUUGUGGCCCCAAUUCCACCUUCGUUGGGCAUGCCCAGAAGAAGCACAAGCUGGGGAGAUCGAAGCACAAUGCAGGAAGAUAGUUAUGAAAUGCUCUGAGUUGCAAAAGGCUAAAGAAAUGGCAGAAAGGAAAGCUAAAGAAGUUGCAAAUUCGAUGGAGUCACUGAAUGCAGAAUUACGACGUGAGAAGCAGUUAAACAGCUCAGCUAUGAACACGGCAAAGAGUAUGAGCAAAGAAAAUAUUGCCAUAAAGCGUGCAAUCCAGUCUAUGGGGUGUAAGGUUCAAGUCUCUGGUAGUGAAUGCAUUGUUGACAUUGAAAGCAACCCAGCUGUGUGUUGUUCCUCUAGGAAAGAGUCAGGUAGUAAUUUGCGUGAUGACAAAGUUUCAGUACAGGUUGCAGCAGAUGAUGUUGAUGGAAACAGUGCGAUUAGUCGGGUAUGUGAAUCAUUAUGCCCAUUUGGCUCUGAAGUUGGAGGCUGUAAGUGGCCAAAUGGUGGUUGUGCUCAACUAGGUAGCCAGUAUGUUGGCCUGAAGGCAAACUUUGAUGCAUUUGACCAACUAUCAAUUGAUGAUAGUUAUUUCAAGUAUGAGUGA